AUGGAACACAAAGCUUGCACUGCACGAAGUGACCUGCAGCAGAUGUUAGUUGAUGAAACAGCAGUGCCCAAGGCCCUGCCAUUAUCACUCUUGGAGGACAUCACAGAUGAUUUCUCAGAUGACCGGGAGAUUGGAAGAGGUGGAUUUGCUGUCGUUUAUAAGGGAGUACUUGGCGAUAGGUCGGUUGCUGUGAAGAAGUUGUCCAAAGCUUAUAUGCAUGAAAUGGAGUUUCACAGAGAGGUUGAAUGUCUGAUGCGAGUAAAGCACAAGAAUGUAGUAAGAUUUUUGGGAUAUUGUGCUGAUAGACAAGGAAGUAUGGCAAAGUACAACGGAAAACUUGUCAUGGCAGAUGUCCACCAAAGACUACUUUGCUUCGAGUAUAUACCUAAGGGGAGUCUCGAUAAGUAUAUCAUCGAUGCCAAUCGUGAGUGGCGAACGUGCUACAAAAUAAUCAAAGGGAUUUGUGCGGGCCUGCAGUUCCUUCAUGAAAAUCAUGUCAUUCACUUGGAUUUGAAACCUGCCAAUAUACUGCUUGACGAUAGCAUGGUACCGAAAAUUACUGAUUUUGGCCUGUCUAGAUGCUUCGACGAAAAUCAAAGCCGAGAUAUUACCAAAACUAUAUUAGGAACAAUGGGAUAUUUGGCACCAGAGCUUCGCGAAGGGGGUAUAAUUGCACGCAAUGCUGACUUGUAUAGUCUUGGUGUUAUUAUCAUCGAAAUACUGACUGGGCAAAAAGGGUAUCAACCCACUGGGGAUGUACUUGAAAGUUGGAGUGAUAAGUUGGAGAGAUCGCAACGAGACACAUUAUGCGAACAAAUACGAGUAUGCUACGAGAUAGCUUUAGAGUGCAGAGACUUCAAUCCAAAGAAGAGACCAGCUAGUGCACGUGAUAUCAUUGACAGGCUUCACGAAAUGGAGAGUAUCCAGGUAUGGAAUUCUAACACUCUACUUCUAAUUCUUCAUUGUGGCUUGUGGGUGAAGGAGCUCCGCAAGAGCGCCAUUGGCAUCCUGGAGAUGGGUAUCCUCUGUGCGCGUAACCUGAUUCCCAUGAAGGCUAAGGAAGGGCAGCUCAGCGACCCUUACUGCGUCGUCAAGUACGGCGAGAAGUGGGUGCGCACAAACACGCUGCUCAACACCCUCGAGCCGCGGUGGAACGCGUUGUUCACCUGGGACGUGUUCGAUUUCAGCACGGUCGUCACCGUCGCCGUUUUCGACGACUGCCACCUCUCCUCCUCCUCCCACGGCCGGCAUGAUGCCAGGGACCAGCAGAUCGGCAAGACACGGAUCCGCGUCGCCAUGCUCGACACCGACCGCGCGUACACACACUUCUACCGGCUCAUCACACUGACACCGGCAGGCGUGAAAGUGACAGGAGAACUCCAGCUUGCCGUCCGGUUCACCUGCAUAUCCUGGCCCAAAAUGCUGGCUAUGUACGGUAAACCGCUGCUUCACAAGAUGAACCACACUAACCACAUCCCCGCGGCGCAGCAGGACUACCUCCGUUUCCAGGCGGUGCAGAUGGUGGCAAAGCAGCUGGAGCGGGCCGAGCCGCCACUGCGGAAGGAGGUGGUGGAGUACAUGCUCGACUUCGACUCAUACAUGUUCAGCCUGCGCCGGACCAAGGCCAACUUCUACAGGCUUACGUCCCUCUUUGUCGGCGUCGCCGCCAUAGGAAAGUGGUUCAACGGCAUCUGCAGUUGGAAGAACCCACUUACCACGAUCUUGGUUCACGUAGUGUUCCUGAUAUUGGUUUGCUACUCCAAGCUGAUCCUGCCGAUGGUGUUACUGUGCAUGAUCGCGAUCGCGGCGCAGAACUACCGUUGGCGGCCGUGGCACACGCCGCACAUGGACAUGAGGAUGUCACAGGCCGACUACACGCACCCGGACGAGUUGGACGAGGAGUUCGACAUGCUGCCGCCAACAUACAAGGACACGGUGUUGUCGUACCUGGAUCAGGUGCACCAAGAUGAGCUGAACACGUCCAAGAGGUCGGAUGACAUUGUGCGGAUGAGGUAUGAUCGACUGAGGGGCAUUGCCGGCAGGGUGCAGACAGCGGUCGGCAACCUGGCUACGCAGGUGGAGCGCACGCAGUUGUUGCUCCGCUGGCACGACCCCAGGUUGACGCCCGUCUUCCUCAUGCUCUUCCUAGUGGUUUCCGUCCUAUUAUACCUGACGCCGUUCCGUGUGGUGGUCGUCGUGUUCAGUCUCUACCUCCUCCGGCACCCACGGUUGCGGAGCAACAUGCCCAACCUGCUCUUCAACUUGUAUAGUCGGCUGCCCUCCAACGAUGUCACAAUGCAGCAUUUGUUCUUUGGGAACUAA